GUCACGAGUCCGCAAGUGGAAAAACACCAGUCCCAAUGAAAUUCGAUUCGGUCUUACCGUUUUGCAGAGCGUCUGUUCAAAGCCUUCUUUUGAUAUGUAUUUUUCGGCUCGCGAGAGUAUCGAAACGCCAUUUUUCGUGAAAACCAUGCGGGAAUAUAGAUUUCGCCUUAUUCAUAAGUUUAUACAUUUUGCUGACAACAAUUUUCUCGACAACGAUCCUCACGUACGAAAAUUGUAUAAAAUAAAGCCUAUCAUUGACCAUUUACAAAAUAAGUUUAGGAGUGUGUAUAUCCCGGGAAAAAACAUAUCUGUUGACGAAUCGUUGAUGGGGUGGAAAGGACGCUUGUCCUGGAAGCAGUAUAUUCCCUCAAAAAGGAAACGUUUUGGGAUAAAGUUCUAUAUGCUAUGCGAAAGUUCUACAGGGUAUGUCUAUAAUUUUUUUGUUUAUACAGGGGCUGACACAAAUUAUGGCCAUAAGUAUAUUGAGCAGCCUAUCGCUGCACGAAUUGUAUUGUCACUAUGUGAUAGUCUACUCAAUAAGGGACACUGUUUGUUUUUGGACAAUUUUUACACUAGCCCACAUUUAGUCGAAGAACUAACAAAACGGAGAACCGAUUGCGUCGGAACUAUGCGGAUUAAUCGGAAGGGAAUUCCGCAAGACAUAAAAACAAAAAAAAUAGAAAAAGGGAGUCUGUGGCUAUGUUCAAAAAAAAGUGAUGAUCAUAAAAUGGAAGGAUAAAAAAGAUAUCACUAUGAUUAGCACUCUUCAUGACAAUAGAAUGGUUGAAAUAGAGAAGCGUGGCAAAAAAAUACAAAAACCAGCUGUUGUUUUAUCUUAUAAUAAAGAUAUAGGUGGGGUGGAUUUAUCAGAUAAUUUUCUGCAUUUCUAUUCCCUCGAUAGAAC